UGUGACGAUAUUACGCGAGUAUCGACUAUAAGACCAAUGCUUUUGUCAGGUAUUUGAAAUAAACACUCUAUCCGGAAUAAACCCGAGAAACGCUUGAUUAAUAAACAGAACGAGUUGCAAAAUAUAAACAGAAUUUACACGUGCAAGUAAAACCAACCCGUGAGAAAUCGUGCUGCAUUCAUUGUUAAUGCUUAGAGCUUCGAGUAUAAAUUCUUCAGUAAAUUUGUGAAGAGUGUCAAAAGCAUUUUACAAGCAAAAUAGGGCUGACACAGUGCCGAAUGGGGAAUAGACCAAGUAGAAGGAAUAGAGGGGCCAAGGGUCGAUAUGGGCAUCCAAUAGGAGAAAUAUAUGAAGAAGGGGAUCAUAUUGAAGACAUAGAAGGAACAGAGCCUGACUCAUACAACAAGUUCCUAGCGUGGAUGAUAGAAAUGGCAGAAAAUGACGACAGCGAUCUCGAUUCUCCCGACUUUGUGGAACAUAUAACGUCCGUGUGUGCCAAGAAGCAACGCCAGUUUUCAAGACAGUUUUCACAAUCGCAAUACCAACAGCCCUCGUUUGACUGUCACCUUGAAGUACCAACAUUGGAACUUCCAGCACGCCAACACUCCGUAGAAUCAACGACCAGUUCAAAGUACAGUCGGUCUUCACGGUCGAAAGAGGAUCUGUUGGAUCCAAAAACAAGAUUCAGAAGGACGAAACUGAGUAGGCAGAGAACCGUGGAUUUUUCAGACGAUGGUGAUAUAACGGGGUUGUCAGGUGGUAGCAGUUUUGAAAGAGACGAUUACAAUGACCAGUCACACUGUGGAGAUACCGUUUUGUUGAAUAAGUACACUGAAACAUCAUUCAUGAGAAACCCAAAGAGACCGCCUCUGUGGAAAAAUAACAGUUGCACAACAUAUAGCAAUAUUAGUCCUAGUCUCGGGGACCUGUUGAACGUCCAGAGUAGACGGAAAAGCAAGAGUUUAAUGACGAUGAGGAAGGCGCUGUCGGAAACCAGGAAUGACGAUGAAAUUACACCAAUAACAGAGGAGACCGUCGUCAAACUCCUUGAUGAUAAUAUAUUAGACGGAAAUAUGGCAGAUAUAUUGUUUUCAGUAGAAGCGUUGUGGCCAAAAGGUUCGAAAAGGUUAACGUGACAAGUAAAACUGAAUACUGCUUCACAUUGAAAAUACCACACGGUUAAUCCCUAAUUUAAAGUUUCCAAAUAUAAUGUGUUGCUAUAGUAAUGAAUAGAAAUGGAUGCAUCAAUCAGUGAGCGUAAAUCAAUAAUUAAUCGUGUCGCGAAAUGCAUUUUGUUUCAUAAAUAACAACAAAACAUAGUUAAAUGACAAUAAUAUACUACAAAUAAGUUUAUCAAACUGUCCGUAUGACAACACAUUGUUAUAAAAAUGGGAAGUGACUUUCUACAGUAGUAAUGACAUGAACUUGUAACAACCUAAACAAAACAAAAACAUUAAACGCCUUAAAUGCCUUAAUUUGUAUAUAGGAUCCAAUAUGAUUGCAAAGAAUUGUCUUCAUACAUUGUCAGGCCGUGAAAAAGUAUGUAUGUAAACUAUAUUGACAUUAAUCACUAUGUAAAAAGAGUUUCAAUUAUGCCAUGGAUGAUGAUAAAUCUGCAAUUACACAUGUGUGCUGUACAAUUUUGCUAUGUUUUCACUGACAUCGAUGCCAUAACUGACCAAAAUUCAUGUUUGUUAAUUCAUGUUUGAUAUUUUCUAUGAUUAAACUAUUAGAUGUGAUAUUUUUGCAAUAAAAUGUAUAAACCAUG